AUGCUGAUCUCCAACGGCUGCAGCCAAUCCCAACGGCCAUCCAACAGCCGGUCCCGUGGCAGCGAGCAAGCCAGCUCCUGUAGUCUGGCUGCCGGAGUGUACGCCAACUCUGUCAACAUCGCCGCGCUCACGUUGGGAUCACCAGUGGAGAGAGACGUGCGGCUUCGUCGCCCGCCCUCGUCAUCUCCAGGAAACACGACACUCGGCUCGGGCGCGCACAGGAGGGGUAACUCCACUCUCCAUAUCCAUCGGAUGCUUUGGACUCGUGGGGGUCGCCGAGCAUGGAUGCAGCCGAGUCCCUGCACGUUCAAGCCACCAGCUCGGAAAUCUGCAGGUCAGCGCGCCAAGGGUGUGCGGAGCCGACCAUGCAUCAAUCGACUUGCUGAGCCGACAGUUCCCGUUGCCGUGUCCAGCUCCCGUGCUUUCUCUUGGUCGCCGUGCUGUGAGAGACCUCGCCGCGACACUUACAGUACAUCUCCGACACCAGGUUUCUUACUUCUUCACGACUGCUGUACCGUCUUCAACGGGCAGAUCCCGCUGGUCUCGCUUCGCCACCGUGCUGACCGCGAACAUAGGUGGCAAGGUGGAAAAACUCCGAAGCGCGCGUACAUACAUGUCCCAUCCUCCCCAGUCCAGUCCAACCGUCCGUCCAGAGUAGUACCGCCGAUGCCGCAGAAAUGCGCGCCAGCUGUACCAGGGGGAACUUCGCCGGACAGUGGCAAGGAGCUGCCCGAAGUGCGUUUCCUGGAGAUGAGCGCGGGAUAGAGCGUGGGGGGCUUGUCUCAUUCCUGCCUCGUAUCCUGGAAAUCCAAAUAAUUGUCUGCAGGCCAGCGCUCACCGAUCAGA